GGCUCCCACGGGCUCCCGCUGAGUCCAAAGGAGGCCGCUGCCUGCGCUCUGGCUCUGGAUGCGGCUGAGCCGGCCCAGCUUGUGCGGGGGGUCUUAGCCCCGCGGCUCACUGCAGCGUCUCGGAGCGGCUCGGGGUGCACGUCCCGGGGGGCAGCGAUCCUCUCCCGGGUCUGCGGAGAGGACGCGCACGUUGUGCUGUUGCCACAGGCCCAAGCACUCAGCCCUCACUAGUCAGGCCCAGAUACUGUGAGACUGGCUUGUCAGCGUGAGGUUGGAAACGUGCAGAGCUGCUGGAGUUAGGAAGUUAUUGCUGUGAUGGUUUUGCCUUUGGGUGCCCAGGCUUCACAUUUUCCAGCUAGUCUCUAUAAUCGUGCUGGCUAGAAGCUUUUUUUAAAAGUGAAAGCUGAAUCCCUUGCCUAAUUACACCCCUUCAGCAGUGGGGGCUUUAAGACAUACACCAAAUAGUGUGAAACUUGUGAUAAAAAUCACAAGAGUUGGCAACAAAGGUCUCUCACAAGGAUCCUUUCUGCCUCCUCCAAACGCAUAAGAACAGUAAUGGGUCAAACUAGUGGUCCAUCUAGCACCAGUAUCCUGUCUUGACCGGGGCCAAUGCCAGGUGCUUCAGAGGGAAUGAACAGAACAGGUAAUUUCCUGAUCUGAUUUGGAUGAAAGCGGCAGAACAGCUCUUAGUUCUUAGGAAGUUCACAUCGCUGCUCCCCAUUUUUAUAGCACAUAUUUAUGAUAAACCUUAAACAGCCUCAGCCGUUGAGCAGGCACAAUAAAGUACAGAACCGUCAAGUCUUUUUCCUGGGAAGAGAGAUGCUCCUUCACCCUUUGUAUUAAUAGUUUGGUAGUUUAAAAUAUUUCUUUCUUUGGUGAUUGAAGGAUUUUGCUAUUUUUGUUUUAAUGAGAGUCUUAAAAGCUCCCUUGUGACCUUUAUUCAAAAACUUUCACCGCUUGACACCCCUUAAGACUUUUACUGUAAACUUCCUCACACAAACUUCACUUCCCACUAGAUCUCUCCUGGGGAGUGUUCCCCGUAUAUGCAUUCUCCUUAUCAUGGCUUUCUUCCUUCCCACUAGCUUCUUGGGUUUGCAGACUUUGGGGAAAUACCACAUGUUUUGGCCUGUUCCAAGGCACCAACAGCUGUUUGCUGUCAUCUUCCAACUUCUGAACAGGGAACAUGUUAAAUGUUUCCCUUUUACUACCACUUCUCCAUCUGCAGUACCAGUGGAUCCCAAAGCAACUCAUAUGCUGUCUACUAAGACCAGAUCUGAAGGUAGAAAUGGAGAGGAGAGGGGGGGCAAAGACAGAACAGACACCUCUUCUCCUCAUCCGUUUUCCCUGUUCUCUGCUGGAGCUGCCAAGAGGAGAUCAAAGAAUCAAGAGGAACUGCUCAUGAUAUCUAAAAAGAAUGGUAUCCGGCCACCAGAAAAACCUUUGAGUGUGGCGGAAUGGGAAGAGCUGAGGGGAGAAUUUAAGGGAAUUAGCAAGUUUGAAGAUGUAAUGCUAGAGCAAAUGAUCAAAUGCAACAGCUCCAUAGAUGUGGCCAAGUCCUUGUUGUCUAUGGUGGCAAUGAGAAAAGGUGACAUCAGUUAUAAUUUAUUGGUCAAGUACCUGGCUCUGUGUGUCCGGCAGGAGCAGAUGGCAGAAGUUUGUGAUGUCUAUGAUAUAAUGAAAGUCAGAUUUAAGACUUUAGAAACGGGGGCCUACAGCCUUCUGAUCAAGGGGCUGAAUGGUUCCGAUCGGUGGAGAGAGGCCUUGUUGCUACUGGAAGAGAUAAAAAAAGUCAUGACCCCGUCAAAAGGGAACUAUGGAAAUUGUAUCAAAGGGGCUCUCAAUAACCAAGAAAUAAACUUGGCAUGUGAACUGUAUCAUGAAAUGCUGGCUAAGGAUUUGAUACCAAACUUGGAUACGCUGCAAGUCUUUUUUGAUACUGGCAAAUGUGUGAAGGAUAAUCAGUUAAAAAGUGAACUCUUAGGAAUUCUCUUGUAUCUGAGAGAAAAUCAACUAUAUCCUGGAGAAGCUCUUAUGCAAAGCAUAAAGCUAUGGUUUGAAAGUAUUCCAGGAGAGAAAUGGGAAGGACGCUUAACUACCAUUAAAAAUAGUGGAAAAUGUCCAGUUUGUAACCAAAACCUGGAAUCUAUUAAUCUGAGCCAAGAAGAGUACAAUGCACUCAAGGAAAAAAUAAUGAAAGAUGUGAUCCAGGGAACUGAUACAUUCAGGAAGACGACUCCUCAGGAACUUGAAGAAUUUCAAAACUUUGUAGAAAAUAAUCCUCCGUAUGAUAUUGUGAUAGAUGGACUCAAUGUUGCCAAUGUUUCUAACAAAAGGAACCAGUCUCAAACUCUCCUUGAUGUUGUCUUCCACCUGGCACAGCAGAAUCUGCGGUUGCUUGUGCUGGGCCGCAAACACAUGCUGACUGGAUCUCAUAGCUGGAAAAGGCACAUUGUGGCUGCUAUGCAGAAGAAAGCAGACUUCUUCUUUGCUGAAAAUGUGUCAGAAGAUGACCCCUUCCUAUUAUAUGCCACUCUUCACUCAGGCAGCCAUUGUAAGUUUCUUACUAGAGACCUCCUGCGAGAUCACAAGGCUUGUAUUCCCGACAGUCUUACUCGAUAUCUGUUCUUUAAGUGGCAGCGUGGACACCAAAUGGUGCUUUCCCACUACUGGCCAGGAAAGAGAAUAAAAUUUCAGCCUAUUCUCACUUAUGACACAGUGGUACAGACUACUGGUGACACUUGGCAUAUUCCCUAUGAUGAACAGCUGGUGGAAAGAUAUUCCUAUGAAGUGCCAACAAAAUGGCUUUGCCUUCAACGGAAAUAAUAAAGAAUGCAGUUUUACAGACUAAAACUACAAUUGUUUGCCACUGUCGCUAACAGGCAGAAUCCAGUGAUCAUGCACAGUCAUGGGAUUAAUACACCAAAUAUGAAUCCUGCAGCUGACUAAAUGUUCAGUAAACAUAGUUCACCAAAUUCAUACCUACUAUAACUCCAUCAAAGUCAGUGGUGUUACAGUAGGGAUGAAUUUGGCCCAUUACUUGCAUCUUUGCUGAUCAGAGUUAAUUUUGCCCUGUAGUAAAUAAAGAGAUUUGUUUUAGCACCAUUUAUUAAGGUGAUGAAGGGGUUAAGCACUAAUAUGGUCCACAGAUCCUCCUAAUAAAUUUUAGCUUCUAAAUUUCCAAAGAUGUAAAAUCUUGAACUUCUUUGUUAUUUAAAAUAAUAGUUCAUUUUUUAAAUAAAAAUUGAUCAUAUUAGGGACUUCACUGUGGGCAAUAAUAUGGCACAGUUGAAUUUUGUAUUGCCUCUUUCAUAGAAACUUGAGUUAAUUAGAAGACUGUAAAAGUGGUACAAAUUACAGAAAAAGUGUUGUCAACCAUUAUCAUUGCUUAUUAACUAUUUGUCUGACAGUUGUGAAUCCUGUUUUUUCCAUAUCAUCCUUAUACGAGAAAGUCAGAUGGAAAUGCAAUAUUAAUCUUUGUGGAAGGAUCUGAAGAAAAAUUCACUGUCAAGUUUUGUGGUAUAAGAAAGCUGAUGGGUCUCUUACCAAAUGAAGUAGCUCUCACCUGGGCCACUCACAAACAGCCUUCCAGCAUGCAAGUCACACCCUGAAUGUAUGUGUGUAACUGCAGCCUGCCAUACACGCUUACACUCUUGCUUUCAACAGCCUUGGUUAUACUGCAGGGUGUUGUCUAACUGCACUUCCCCAGUCUUAGAUUUUCCACCAGAAAUGUAUGUCCUGUACUGCCCAGCCCUUUCCUGGACACUACAAGUUAUAUUAAGUCUGUUAUUCCUUUAGCAGAAUAAUAUGCCAACUUAUUACUUCAAAUAGUUAUUCAAACAGUUCAAUUUAAAUACAUUGGAUUAGAUAAAACAGUAAAACAAGUUUAUUAACUACAAAGAGAGAGAUUUUAAGUGAGUACAAAUAAUGAGGCAUAAAGGUCAGAAAUAGUUACAAGAAAAAAUAUAGAUAAGACGUUUACUAAUACCCAACUUCAUAAACUAUAGCAGAUUCAAGCAAAGUUUCUCACCAUAUGCUUUCAGCAGUCUUACUGACCAAACUCUCCCACAGAGUCCAACAAAUAUUCCUUUGUCACUUCAGCUGUAGUGAAUAUGAUGGGGGGAAGGGGUGUUCGUACCUCCUUUUUAUAGUUUCAGUCCAUCUCUUGAACACCAUUCCCAGCUAGGCACCAGGAGACAAAAAGUCUAUGAGGAAGGAUGUUCCCUGCUGCUUUUUCCUCACCUCUUUGAGCUUUCUUUGCUCCCUGCUUGAUAACUCUGUUUACUAUUUAAAUGCAAAUUAAGCAGAGCACUCAUUCCUUUGUUUAGGACAGACCUAUUUGUUAACUUCUGUUUGAGCAUGGCUGUGGGAUUUGGAACAUGGGAAACUACAUGUUUUAUCAGCAUGAUACUGACCAGCAAAUUAUGAUUUUUCAAAAGAUACCUUACAAGGCAUACUUUGUACAAAGAUUAUUACAAUAGUGUGUAGGGUGUGAACAAGGGAUUCUAUUAGCCUGAUCAGAAGUUACAUAGCUGCUGUUUUGGCACAUCACCUGCAUACAAUUACUUCACACCCAACUGUGAACAAGUUUCUGAGGGAUCUUGUCAGAGUUUUUCCUCCAAUUAAAGAACUGCUCUUUUUGUGGGGGCCUUAACUUGGUUUUAUCUGCCCUGAUGUUUCCACCAUUUGAACCCAUUUUCUGAAAACUGCAUUUUUAAUUGCAAUCACAUCAGCAAGGGGAGCUGGUGACAUACAGGCCUAUAUGGCAGACCCACCAUAUUUAUUUUUUUAUACAGACACGGUAUAUCUCUGCACAGGCAACUUGUCAAAAAUUUCAGUCUCAACCAACAGAGUCAUUUGGCCUUAUUUUUCCUCAAGCCUUACUGUUCCAAGGAGAGGCUAACUUCAGCAUUUUAUUUGCAAAGGACUAAACCAUUUAGACCCAGCUUUAUGGGGAUUGCCUGCCCCAAUCUUUGCAGUUCACCCUAAUUGAGUGUCCACAGCUGGCUCCCCACUAGAACCCUGGUCACAGUGUCUAAGCCACAAACUCUUCUCUUGAUAUCUAUCCAUAGAGAUAUUGCACCAGCUGCAGGAACCUUGGUCUAUUUGGGACUGGAUAAUGACUUAACUUUUCACUGACUUUUGGAGGUGACAGCUCAUAUAAACAAAUAAAACUCCAUGCUUUGACUACUUCCAGCAGGUUGGAAUGGGUGGGAUUCCAAAAAACUAAUGUUAAAAUAAUAAAUUUGGAGAUACCAUAAUAAAUUUGGCGAUACCAGUAAAUGUCA